AUGGCGAACAUCCUCCGAGCCAACCUCAUCAAAAUCCAAUCCGUCCUCAGGGGCAGCGGCGCGCGGCCGCUGACUCGCCAACCGCGCGCCACCAAUGCCAGAUCCAUUAUGUACAAGAAGGAUAAGGCAGAUGGUACUUCCUCGACGCUAACAAUGACUCCCCAAACAUGGGCUGCACUUGGGGGCCUCUUGGCCGUCGCCGUUGGCUACGGAUACAUGAUGUCCCAUCCGGACAAGGUCAUCAGGAGCGAGUCGAGCCCGGCUUCUACCACCGAGGUGAACUCCGGUGAUGCCACUCGUAAGACGCCGGAGUACUUGAAAGGGAAGUAGGGCGCGGCGGCAGGAGUUGGCGAGCACUCGGUGAGGAUGAGGAUUACUUGGUUCUGGUUCAAAAGGAG